CACCACCAUCGUGCUGGAAACACUUACCAGAGAAUGGCCAUCGACGCCGUGUACUCCAAUGUGAACCUAAAGGCAAAGAAAAAGUCCAAGUCUGCAUUUGGUGGAGACGAUGACAGUGAUGAUGUUGACUACACAUUAAUAGACUUCACCAACUCAGGGAACAAGCAGAGAAGGCCAAACGCUGUGGACAGUGAAGCUGUCACAUACUCUGCAGUCAAAAUCCCCCAACCAGGUGUCAGCAAAGAACCAAUCCACAGAGAUGGGGCAGAGGGUGAUGAUGUAAUCUACUACAAGAUCACCCAGCCACAUAGAGAUGGUCUUUCUAGCCAGUCUUCAGCACAGCACAAUGAACCGCUUCCAACACAAAGUGGACAUACACCUGCGGCCUUCCUGGCCCAGAGUGACCCAUUCCCCAUGACAAUGAUGCUGAGGGAGACCCAGCAAAGGUUCUUUCAGAGACCCACGUUUCUGCUGUUUCUAUGCGUUCUCUUUUUCACACUGACGGUAAUUCUGGGAGUGCUCUAUUUAUUGGAGGAAAAUGCCCAUGCAGAGGCUCUCGAGAGUCUGAAGGUUCUCAACAUCAGCCAUGGAAAACUGUCUGGAGAGAAAGUAUCCUUGCUGAGACAAAUCGAUGAGCUCGAUGGAGAGAAGACAUCCAUUCAAAGUCAACUGAAUGCUGUAAACAAGAGUUUGCAAUUUGAGAUGGACACAAAUAGAAAACUUUCUUUGGAAAAAAAGACAAGAGAGUGGAAUCUUACAAGUGUGACCAGGGAUUUGGAAAAGGAGAAACAACAAAACAAACAGCUUACAAGUGACAAAGAAACAAAAGAAAAAAAACUCUCAGAUUUGAGGACUGAAAAAGAGAAUGCAGAGAGAUUGAGAGAUCAAUAUAACACUUCACUCUCUGAUACACAGAAGAGACUUGAUGAGCAGAAGAUAAGCAAUGCUUUUCUCUCCCACAUCAAGGACAGUAUUGAGGUAGAGCUGAAAAAAUAUCGAGAAACAUUUCAUAAAACCAGAGAUGAUGAACAAAAAAAGAUGUUGAACAGCGUGCUACAAGCUUUAGAGAUGGGCUGUGCCCUUGGAUGGAAAAACUUCACAGGAAAGUGCUACUUCUUCUCCUCUGAAAGUGAUACCUGGAAUCAGAGCAGAGAUGCCUGCCAGGCCAAGGGGGGACAUUUGGUUGUCAUAGACUCAGAAGGGGAAUGGGAAUUACUUAUGAAAAAGAGACCAGGAGUUACAAAGACCUCUUACUGGAUCGGCCUAACUGAUGCAGAGGAGGAGGCGACAUGGUGCUGGGUGGACAACACAGUCCUUGGUGAAAGCUACAGACACUGGAUGAACAAAGAGCCUGAUAACUGGACAGACAAGAAGAAGAAACCAGAGGGAGAAGACUGUGCCAGAACAAAUGACAUGGAAGGAAGCUGGAUGGAUGCAUUCUGUGACAAGAAGUAUCAUUAUAUUUGUGAAGCUACAGCUGCUGUGAAGCCAUGAAUCAAGUAUUAUAUUGUCAAGUUCUAUAUUUUCCUGUCAUUUUUUCAACAGUUUAUUACAAAAUGAUGUAUGUAUCAGAUAAUAAAAGCUUACUUUAUCUUGUCUAUAGCAGGUAACUUGACAGAACCAUGCACAUAUAAAAAAUGAAACUUUAUGCUUUAGAAGUCACAUUAAAGCUGUGAGGUCAUUCCCUGCUGCCAAAUGCAGUUUAAAUACAGACUUCUGUGUCUACCAGU